AUGGCCCUCUGGCCUCGCCAAAUCGAGACGAUUUUAGACCCCAGACCCACAGAAGGAGCACAACCGCAGACUCCAACAGAUCAACCCAACAUCGUCACAGUCCCCAACUCUAAUUCCGAAGCCUCACAACCUACAACAUCCGUCGUCCCUCCGUAUCAAUACGCACAGGAUAAAUCCCUAACGGGGACAUGUCGUCUGACAAAUUCAACCAAUGGCGACGCAUCAGGACUCUUCAGUAAUCCAUUCAGAUGCGAAAAACUUAUUUCCGCAAGUUCGGUGAAGCAGAAUACAGGAGCUAUCGCUGCGGCAGUAGUGUUUGCGCUGUUGUUUGCGGCUACAGCAGGGUUGUUAUUUUUGUUUUGGUGGAGGAGGAGGAAGAUUAACGGGACUCCAAUCCCACCGCUUGAGCUCAAAGAUGCCUCCAACAAUAACGAAGUUUCAUCCCUAAGCCACCAGCUCGCCCUCGAACGUCGCCGCGUAACCGAUCUACAAGCCGCACUACUUUCACAAUCUUCCGGCCAACCAGGCGGAUGGUCAACCUCCCACCCAAAGGACGACAGAACCGUCAAACGCUCUUUCUCAAGUAUUUUCCAAGAAGUCAGAGACUUAGCAGGAAACUACUACGUCGGUGGUUCUACAGCACAAGUCAAAAUCACGGCUGCAAGCGUAGCCGGUGAAUUGAAAGAGGUUUUGGAAGAAUGUAUUAGUGGGUGGGAAUCAAUGUUGGAAACCCAAAAGGGGCGGGUAAUGCUCGUUCGUAUCAUAGUCGGAGAGCUACUCCGAAGAUCAUGGGUCGAUCACGAAUUUCUAGGGAAAAAGACAGGCCAUGCGGUUACAGUUCUGGAAAGAGAGGUGGUAAGAGGGACCAAUCGGGAACAUGCACAUUUAUGGCGCGUUCAGACCUUUUUAAGAGUUCUAGCUGGAAUGGGUGAAGAAGCAAGGAAUUCUGGGGUUCAAGCUGUGGCGGAUAAGAUAUAUGACGUGUUAUCGCCUUUCAGGCCUCGCUCGGCCUCGGGGUCUAGUUCAGCAGGGAGGACGUUCUUGCAUAAUUUGGUCAAGCGGAUGGCAGAUUUAUACUACGAAAUGGCGACUCAGAAUGCGUAUUACGAAUUGAGUCCUUACUUUAGCGUCAUGAGGGAGCAUGCUGGCGAAGAUGAAGGCGCAGUGUUUGAGUAUGCUAGUUGUGACGAUGUGGAACAGAAAUGGGAAGUUGGAACAGAUGCGCAUGGUAGGGAAUGGUGUGCAGCUGAAGGGAGAGUAGUCAGGGGCUUUGUAUUCCCCGGAGUAGUCAAGUAUGGAGAUGGACGAGGAGGGGGUUGGGAGGAAGGUAGAGUCGUGGUGUUCAAAGCGCAGGUUCUAGCGUAG